CCAAGUGGUUUAUGGGUAAAAUCAAACAUGGAGCAAGCUGCUGUGUUCCCGUCGUUUCCUCGACAAAAGAACUCGAUCGAUUUUGAUUGUAUUCGGUGACAGAUGUGAAGGUGUAAAAGCUUCCGAUAGGGCACGAUGGAAGUGCUGGUGACUCUACUCAUGGUGCUGACGCUGGUCGUAGCAUCGGUGGCUGUCACCGCAACACAAUGCCCGGCACUCUGCAGCUGUGUCGAAAGCACAAUCACGUGCAAUGGCAAGGGCCUCAUCGCCGUCCCGGACAUGGAAGGUGGCGAGCGCUUCACGGCGCUGUACAUUAGAAAGACCAACAUAACUUCGAUAAAUGGCCAUUCAUUUCUUUCCAUGCCAAACCUUCAGAAUGUGUCGAUCACGGAAGGCCCCCUGCGAACAAUAGCCGCCGAUACAUUCCAGCCGCUGAAAAGGCUAAAGUCUCUUAAUCUUAUUAAUAACGACCUGAGAACCUUCGAGAUCGCAUCUAGCUCGGCGGCGUCCGAACUGAAAAGCCUCGAUCUGAGCGGAAACAAAAUAUCGAGAAUCACCGAGGACACGUUCGGGCUGCUCGCAUCGCUAGAAACGCUCGCGCUGACAAACAAUCAGAUCAAUCACAUCUUCGACAACGUGUUCGCCGACCAGGCGCGCCUGCGCGACCUGGACCUGUCCGGAAACAAGAUAACGAGGAUCGACGAGGAGGGGUUCGCGGGGCUGUCCAGCGUGCAGAGGCUCGACCUCGGCCGCAACGCUCUCGCGGCCAUCUCGCACGCCGUCUUCUGGCCGAUGGUGAGCCUACGCGAGCUGAUUCUCAGCGGCAACGUGUUCGGCUCGCUCGAGCGCAUGUUCACGAGCACGUGGUCGCUGCGCCGGCUCGAACUCCGCAACAUGUGGGCGCUGGAGACGCUCGGACGCGACUCGCUCAAGGGGCUAGCCAACCUGGAGGAGCUCGUGCUGGUCGAGAACCCGCAGCUGCAGCACGUUCACCCGCGCGCCUUCCAGUGGCUGACGUCGGUGCGCAGCGUCGAUCUAUCGCUCAACCCCGACCUCCGCGAAAUACCUGACAUGACGAACCUGCACCGCCUGCUACGGCUCAGGCUCGGUGAAACGGGGCUGCGGUGUGGCUGCCAGCUGCAGUGGGUACAUGACUGGCUGCAGUCGGACAACCACACGCUCGUAGACUCUUUCAAGCUGUCGUGCGAUGUGUUGCCAAGCAACGGCGGUGUCACGGAAUUUCCGCUCGGACGGCGCAACGUCCUCGACCUGCUCUCCGAACAAGCGCGGGACAACAGCUGUGAUUACAUUAACAUUGACGCGUUCAAGGAGAUCAACAAGGUGCGCGUCGGCGCCGCCGCCAUCCUAGAGUGCGCCGCCGUCGGCUACCCGCGGCCGUCCGUCCUCUGGGAGACGCCGCGCCUCAAGGUGUACGUCCUCAACGCGACCUCGCCGGAUGACCACGUCCCCGCGGCGCAACCCAACGCGACUGUCAUCGCUGGCGACGACGACGCUCGCGCCGCCGACGACAGAGAAUACAACGAGGUGUCGGACACGAAUCGUGUGCGCGUGCUCAGCAACGGGAACCUGUACAUUGGCUACGUGCUGCGCAGCGACGGCGGCCACUACACGUGCACGGCGUACAACGCGCGCGGCAACCGCACGGCGCUCAUGCGGCUCGCACUCGACUACGAGGUGCUUAUGAAGCUGAACAGCGACAGCUCGCUCAUCGGCUUCUGCUCGUCGUUCGCCUUCUUCGUCGUCGCGCUCAUCAUCAUGUACACGCGCAAGAAGACGAGCGAGCAGUGCGUCGGCAGCUCCCGAAGCAGCCGCAUGCAGCAGCUACGUUGCACGCUGCUCAACCUCGAGAUGCAGAAGCAGCAGCAGAUGGAGCGCAUGCGCGAACAGUACAACGCCCAGCUUCGGCAGCUGCGCGACAACUACAACACCAAGAUGCUGGGCCUGCGCGACAGCUACGGCAACCAGCUCGAGCGCGUGCGCACGAUACGUGGCUACAACUUCAGCGGCGACACGAUGUCGCGUGUCUGUGAGAACUACAACAUGCAGGUCGGCCGGCUGAAGGACUACGCGUCUCAGAACGUCGACCGCGUGCGCGAGUCGUACAACAUGCAGGUGCAGCGUCUGCGCGACUACAGCGCGCUGCAGCUCGACCGGCUCUACAAGCAGUACCGCGUGCAGCAGAAGCACGUCAGCAAGAUCAUGGAGACGCUCAACAUCGACAACUGCAAGACGACGCUGCAGGCCGACAAGAGCGGCUCGAUCCUCUUCGACUCUGAGGUGACGCUAGAGUCGUUCUUCGAGUCGAGCAUGCCGAUGCCAAACAUGGACGCCGGCCAUGGCAACGGCGUCAUACUGGAGGAGGACGAGGAGCGAGGGGGCGCUGGCAGUGACGACGAGAGCUCGGAGUACCAGACGAUCAAGGACACAGAGUCUCGUGCAUCGCUGCAGAACAUCAGCGACGAUGACGACGACGACGCGGCGGCAGCGAGGGAUGAGGAAGCGGUCGCCGACGACGACGACCAACAAUCAGAGGAGCACCUGCCUGUCUGCGAAGCCACAGGGGAGUCGUCGGGAGACGAGAGGGUGCAUGCGGUCGCCGGUGCGACGCGGGAGAGCAGCGGUGACUCGUCGAGCGAGAGACCGUCGACGGACAGUGGCGGCUCGACGACUCCCACCGGUAAUUGAGACCAGUGGUCGACAAAGCUCGGCUCAGGCGAAACGACGAGAUCGUGACGAUGUAGGUGAGGGUAGGGAAAUUCGCCUCAAAGUGAUUUUUCGUGCGUGUCGUGCGAGUGCAGGUUUUUCGAAUCGCAGUCUCAUAUUGUUGUUGGGAAAAUACCUGAAGCCAUCUUUUGUGGCGAUGCACACUCGUGGCUUGAAAUGUCUUGUGGGAAUUUUCAAAGCAAACUUUCCUCUUUUUUUCUAGCAUCUUCAAAGGUACGAACAUGAUUAUGUUGUUGUGCAUUUCAGUUGCUUUACCAUUUUUCAUAAAUACUAAUACAUCGCACUAUCUUCCAAUAAUACCAAUUAUAUGCACACGUUUUUACAUGUACUACUGAAUAUUAUAAAUUUCUCUUAUACCUUACCACUAUUGCUGUGUUUUAUAUCCGAUAUGUUUGGAUAUUAUACAGCAUUUCAAUAAUACUAGUUUAGUUUCAUAGCUUGAAAAAGCUCCUACCUUACCUGGGGUUAGGGUUUGUAGUUCUUUCAGCCAUCGGAAUUUUUCCAUGGAAAUAACUAGCAUUUAAACUGUCACGUUUGGAACGAUUGUUUUUCUGGUGCUGCAAGUUGUCACUGCAUUCAGGAAAAUGGCUUUGUCUUGCUAUUUUACUAAACUGAUGAUGUGAAAAGUGGUGUGUUCGCACAUAUAGAUACUUUCACUGCAGGCUGCUCUUACUGUUGUAUAUUGAAGAUGUUUGUGUAAUUACAUUAAUAAAAUUGAGGUCAAAUUUAA